AAGUCCGCUAGGGGCAUGAAGUCAGAGGCUGUGGGCACUUGCAGAGGUGAGAGCCACAGGCUGACUCUGGGUUUAGACUAGGAUUAGCCCUGUGCGACGAGACCCCCACUUUCCUCAGCGCGCCGGGACUGGUGGGCAAUGCUCUGCAGACCCUGAGAGACCACCUCCCCGGACGGAAGGCGAGGCCCCGCGGCCCCAGCCAUGAGCAGCUUCCAGCUGGAAGACUUUGUGGCCGGCUGGAUCGGAGGUACAGCCAGUGUCAUUGUCGGCCACCCUCUGGACACAGUCAAGACUCGCCUGCAGGCUGGCGUUGGUUAUGGGAACACCCUCAGCUGCAUCCGCAUGGUAUACAGGAGGGAGAGUGUGUUUGGCUUCUUCAAGGGCAUGGCCUUCCCUUUGGCCAGCAUUGCUGUCUACAACUCGGUAGUGUUCGGGGUCUUCAGCAACAUACGGAGGUUCCUUGGCCAGCAUCACUGUGGGGAGCCUGAGGCCAGUCCACACCACAGCCUGUCUGACCUGCUCCUGGCCAGCAUGGUGGCCGGCGUGGUCUCUGUUGGGCUUGGGGGGCCUGUGGACCUCAUCAAGAUCCGCCUACAGAUGCAAACACAGCCAUUUCAGGAAGCCAGCCUUGGUUGGAAAUCCAGAGCAGUAGCUUUUGGUGAGCAGCCAGCGUACCAGGGGCCGGUACACUGCAUUGCAACCAUUGUACGGAGUGAGGGCCUGUCUGGUUUGUACCGGGGUGCCAGUGCCAUGCUGCUGAGAGACGUCCCAGGAUAUUGCCUCUACUUUAUCCCCUAUGUGUUUCUGACUGAGUGGAUCACACCUGAGGCCCGCGCAGGCCCCAGCCCCUGCACUAUGUUGCUGGCAGGCGGGGUGGCAGGGGCAAUUUCCUGGGGGACAGCAACUCCCAUGGAUGUUGUGAAGAGUCGACUCCAAGCAGAUGGGGUUUAUUUAAACAAAUACAAAGGUGUCCUGGACUGUAUAUCUCAGAGUUACCAACAAGAAGGCCUUAAAGUGUUUUUCAGAGGCAUCACCGUGAAUGCCGUGCGGGGUUUCCCUACAAGCGCCGCCAUGUUCCUGGGCUAUGAGCUCUCCCUGCAGGCACUGCGUGGGGACCACAGUGUGACAAGCCCAUGAACACCAGCCAGGGUUGAUGUCACCUGAACAAGGCUUUAUUCUCCUAUAAGUGAGUGCUGGUAGCAUCGACAGAAUGAGUAGCAGUGAAUUUGUGGCAGAGAAAGGACGUUGGGCAUCUGGGCCCUGAGCCAGGUGGCCUCUCUGGUAGCAUGCUGCUGGCCUCGGCACCCCCUUCACAGAAGUCCAGGCUCCCCUCACUUCCGGCUGGACUGCCAGGCUGCUGCUUAAGGAAGAAGCAAUGGACCGCAGGCCAGGCAGUCACUAUCUAGGUUAUCUCUGGGCCAACUCCUGGAAACCGCUGGAGCACAACAGGCCCUACCCCCGUGGCUGUUGUGAACUCAUUAGCGACUCAUUCAGGAGCUGGAGUUAACUCUUAAGUUUUCAAAUAAAAGCUUUGAAAACCUCUUGGGGUGUUA